UCGACAAUUUGAAUUCAUCUACAUGGAAACAGCCACCAUGUCCAUACUCUCAAAGACAGAGGGUGAUUUGUCAAAGCUACAUCAGGCCAUAAUUCUCAUGUUUAAACUAAUGGUGUCCACUCUACCAGAAAAACUUUUAGGAGAGAUAUCAUCGAUGCCUGUUCUUUGUGUUCAAUUUAAUGGAGCAAGUACUGAGAUAUAUCUGGCUAAUUGGCCAAUAAAUAUGCGGCCAAUAGUUUUUUCUAUCAUGGAAUUCGAUAUACCGGAAGAAGUAACAGUAUUGUCUAAACUAACGAAAGUAGCGGCAAAGAUGUUAUCAUUGCGGUCAUUUAUUCUAGAUCUAAAUAAAAAAUAUCAAGCGUUACUAAAGAAAGCGGCCGAUUAUUAUUUAGAUGAAGAUAAUGUCUGGGGUUCACCAUUAAAGUUGAAA